GUUUGACGCUUUCUUUUUUUCACAAAAGUAUGGUGAAAGCAUAUCUUCGUUAUGAGCCUCUAGCGUCUUUCGGCGUUAUUGCUUCCACACUUGCCAACAUAUUAUACGACCAUACUGGCAAAAUAGCUAUUGCAUCUGCACUUGAAGAAGUCAUCCUUUGGGAUCUCAAGAAGGGUAUCCAAAUUGGAAAAUGGAGAGAAUAUGGAAACAAGUCUGAAGUAACCAGUAUUGCCAAGAGUCCAAACAACAAAGACUUUGCUGUGGGUUAUGGUGAUGGUACUAUUCGACUUUGGAACAUCCAAUCUUCAACUUCCACUGUCACACUUAGCGGUCAUAGAGCAGCUGUUACUGCUUUAGCCUUUGAUGCAGAUGGUACUCGACUUGCCUCUGGAUCAAAAGAUACAGACCUUAUUGUUUGGGAUAUUGUUUCUGAAUCAGGUCUUUAUCGUCUCAAGGGUCAUAAGGAUCAAAUUACUUGUUUGACUUUCCUUGACCCCAAAAAGGCUGAAGAAGAUACAGAAGUUGGCAUGUCAAGUGAAGGCUAUGUGUUGUCUUCUUCUAAAGAUACAUUGAUUAAAUUAUGGGAUUUGUCAGCUCAGUAUUGUCGUGAAACACUGGUUGGACACCGUAGCGAAGUAUGGUCAUUUGCUGUCUCAAACGAUCAGAAAGUGAUUAUUUCAGGUGGUGCUGAACAACAAUUAAAAGCCUGGAAGAUUGAUUGGAAGAUUCUCGGUUUAUCUUUAGAAGCACUUGGAGAACAACAAAAGGAUGCUAUGCAAGUGGACUCAACUACACCUGCUACGUUGCAGAAGGCCAUCAAUCUUUAUGGUCAAAUCCCACGUCAGUCCCGUGAUCGUAUUGUUACUAUUCACUUCCAUCCUUCUGGCAAAUUUGUGGGUGUUCAAGCCAGUGAUAGAUCAGUAGAAAUUCUUCGAGUGCGCGAUCAUGAACAAAUUCGUAAAAAGAUUCAACGUAGAAAGAAGAGAGCAAGAGAGAAGGGAAAGAAUGAAGCAGAAAUUAGUGAAGAAAUUGAAGCACAAGAUGAAUUCACACUUGAAAGUCUUGUUCGUACACCGGCCAAGGUCCGUAGCUUUGAUUUCGCUCCUGUAGCAGAUGUUGAAAAAGCGGGUGAAAUUCAAUUAGUAGCCUCUUUAAGCAACAAUACUAUUGAAGCCUAUACAGUCCCUAUCUCACAUGAAAAGAAAGUGGAAGAGUCACAAGAACCAUCUCGCCUUUAUUCUAUUGAUGGACCUGGCCAUCGUUCCGAUAUCCGUACAUUAGCAUUAAGCAACGAUGAUGAAUUAUUAGCCUCUGCCUCUAGUAAUUUGCUCAAGGUUUGGAACAUGAAAACAAGAGCAUGUAUUCGAUCCAUUGAAUGUGGAUUUGCUAUCUGUAGUGCAUUUUUGCCUGGCAACAAGCACAUUCUUGUGGGUACAAAGACGGGUGAAUUGGAAUUAUACGAUAUCGGUUCUUCUUCCCUUGUUGAAUCUGUCAAGGCUCACGAUGGACCUGUCUACUCUUUGCAAGUACGUCCUGAUAAGCGAGGUUUUGUCACAGGCAGUGCUGACAAGGAUGUUAAAUUCUGGGACUUUGAUAUGGUUCAAGACAAGAACAGUGCUGCCAAAAGAUUGACAUUUGUUCAUAUGCGUACCCUAAAAAUGUCUGAUGAAGUUCUCUGUGUUCGCUACAGUCCCGAUCAAAACUUACUGGCUGUUUCUUUACUUGACUCUACUGUCAAGGUGUUUUAUCAUGAUACCCUCAAGUUCUUUUUGUCGUUGUAUGGCCACAAAUUGCCUGUCUUAUCCAUGGACAUCUCCUCAGACAAUACGUUGAUUGCUACUUGUUCUGCUGAUAAGAACGUCAAAUUAUGGGGACUUGAUUUCGGUGAUUGUCACAAGUCUUUGUUUGCUCAUCAAGACAGUGUGAUGUCUGUCCAAUUCGUAUGGGGAACUCACUACUUCUUUACAGUCUCAAAAGACAAGACAGUCAAGUAUUGGGAUGGCGAUAAGUUUGAAAACAUCAUGAAGUUAGAAGGCCAUCAUGGUGAAGUCUGGGCAUUGGCUAUUUCCAAGCAUGGCUCCUUUGUUGUGACAGGCUCACAUGAUCGAUCCAUGCGUAUUUGGGAAAAGACAGACGAACAAUUGUUUUUAGAAGAAGAAAGAGAAAAGGAACUAGAAGAGCUGUACGAAAAUACACUUGUCAGUCAAAUGGAGAAGACAGAUGUCAAUGCUGGUGAUAUGGAAAUAGAUUCUGCUGGUAAACAAACCAUGGAAACAUUAAAGGCUGGUGAGCGUUUGAUUGAAGCUAUUGAUAUUGGCGAUGAAGAAAAGAAUGGCUGGCUAGCUUAUGAAAAUGCCAAAGCAAAGGGUUUACCUGGUCAACCACCUCAGCGCCAUGCUAUCUUGAUGGCCAUGGGAGACAUUGAACCUGACAGAUAUGUGUUAGAUACACUCAAGAAGAUCAAAGCAAACGACCUUGAAGAAGCACUCAUGGUAUUACCAUUCUCCAAGGUGAUGUCUUUGUUUGCUUAUAUUGAAAGUUGGGCUAAAAAGAACUGGAGUAUCGUAUUGAUUUCCCGUGUCCUCUUUUCACUUGUCAAGACACACCAUAACCAAAUUGUAGCCAAUAGAAUGAUGCGUCCUAUGCUUGAUUCCAUUAGACAUCAUCUUCGUACUCAAUUACAACGACAAAAGGACAUCAUGGGCUAUAACAGAGCAGCGUUAUCAUACAUUCAACGCGACUAUAAAGCAAGGAACACGUCUGAUUUCCUUGACGAAAAUAUAGACAAUAAGCCAGCAGACGAUGAAAAGAAACGUAAAUUCAUCCAAUUAACCUCCUAAUUUGACAACCAUUUUCUCAUAUUGUAUACACGCUCACACAACCUUCUUUAUAAAUAAAGUAAACUUUUUUUUCUUGCA